AUGGCCCAGAUCUCAGAUCUCAUCCGCGACUCCCGAUUGGACACUUAUUUCCUUCCUGACCAUAGAGUGGAGACUGUGCAUGCAUAUCGCGAGUCUGACCCUACCGGUCAACGGCGCGUCGUCAAUAGGUCAGAGCAUUGGAAGCGAGAAAAGAAGAUUGGAGGUGGUGGUUAUGGAGAUGUUUGGUUAGAAAAAUGUACUAGUGGUGGCCAGCCGAAUUGUACUUUCCGAGCCGUGAAACAGAUGACCGUCGACCUGAAAUAUGGUGCUAUUGACUAUAAUCGCGAGCUGGAAGCUAUUGCCAAAUUUUCACAUAAACGGUAUGAACGGUGCUUCGUCAGGUCAUUUGGGUGGUACGAGGAUGGGGAUCAGCUGUUCAUCGCUAUGGAAUAUCUCGAAGCCGGCGAUAUGUUUUCAUUACUUUAUCAAAAGCCACCUCUACCAGAAAUUGACGCGAAAGAGAUCGCGGAUCAGAUUCUUGAAGGACUAGACAUGAUGCAUGAUAAUGGAUUUGCUCAUCGGGAUUUGAAGCCUAAUAACAUUCUGAUUAAAUCCCACCCCCCAAAUGGAUGGUGGAUCAAGAUUGCCGAUUUUGGCAUUUCGAAGCGUAUUGAAGAAGGCAACGUGCCAUUUUCGACAGUGCGUGGGACACAGGGGUACAUAGCCCCCGAAAGAUACGGCCUUGUCGAGCAAGGAAGUGAAUACGCAACUGAUAUUUGGGCGCUCGGGGAGAUUGUCUUUCAACUUCUCACCCAGAAGCCAACAUUCAAGAACUUUGCACUGCUGGCAAAGUUUAUGGCACAGCCGGAUAUCUUUCCCUGUGGGGAACUGGUCAAACUGAAUGUCAGCAGCUUGGGUAUUGAUUUUGUCCUUGCAGUUAUGAAUCCAAGUCCGACAGAGCGGUUGACAGCCAAAUUGGCAUUGUCACACGAAUGGAUCAAGAAAGUGACCGAGACGGCAAAAACGCCUAUGAAGUUUGAUUUCUCAAAGACCAGCCCGAUGAAUCCCACAAAUGAGAAUUUGGACAAUCCCACAGAGGACCAAUUCGCAGCUUGGAGCACACUGUCAAUUCGACCAAAGCCAGCAAAUAAAAUCCCUGGUAAGGCCUUACAGGAAGAGACGCUUCUAGAUGGAUGA